CUUUUAGCUCGCUUUUAGCACUGACUGGAUUGUGGUAAUCCCUUUCCCUACCCAUUAACCUUUGUGUCGAACGGAUAGAGCGAGCGCAACAGCAAGGGCAAUCAGCAUAAUCGAAACUCUGGCUGCGACGCAGAGCAGACUCGAGCGGCGUGAGUGGGUCUUAGCUGACCCCGAUCAGGUGCACUAACAGCAUGAGUCCGACCACCAGCCGCGGUCCGCAGACCGUACCCGAAGGAGCGCUGAGUAUGACGCCACGAGGCGGCAACACGUCGUUCCUGGACGGAUUGAACACUCCGCCCAGUUCACACGGCAAGAGCUCCGUGCACUUCGCAGGCGCCGAGGAAGCGUCUUACUCGUCGCAAUCGUCCAAUAUCCUAUCGCCGCGCGGUGUACGCUCCAGCGACGUGGAGCUUACGACGCCCAAGACGCCCGAGGAGGAAGCCGAGACCAGUAGUCAAAGCGGUUUCGCGCUGCCUACGCUCUCACAGGCUCAGAGUAACAGCGACGCUAACAAGAAUUACCAGCAAUACGUGCAACGUCAGCUGCAGUUGCCGCCGUUGUCGCCACACACGCGUAGUGCCGGCAAGGCCAGUAGUCACGGAAUGCCGCCUAAACGUAGCCAAACGUACGUGCAGCAGCUAUCCAGGGAAUCGGCCAGGGAACUCGCCAAGACCGCGUUCAGUAUGCGCUCUACUUCGGUCGGAGACUUUACGUUCGAUAACCCACACGAGGUCGUGGGCAGCAGCCUACGCGAGAGCAUUCGUCGAGUCACCGCCUUCUCGAGACGAGAAGCUCCACUCGAUACCCAGCUCAACACGGUCGUGCGGGUGGAUCACCACGUCCGCAAGUGCGAGUUGAGACUGGAUCCGGAGACCAUCACGUGGUCAAGAGGCAAGAAAACACUCGGCGUCUUGUCCACCGACGACGUGGUGGGCGCCGAGGUCAUUGCCAAGAAGAAGGCCGACACCUUCCGUGUGCACUACUUCAAAAAGGGUCGCGGCACUGGAGCCAAGGCACUACUACGCAAGCCCAAAUACGUGGACUUCCACUGCCUCGAGACUGACGUAGUGGACAGUUGGGUCGGCGCCAUCCAGGAGCUCGUACGCUGGCAAGCUCGCGCUCCGCCUAUUUCCGAGAAGCGGCUCUUGAAGGUGGUGGUUAACCCUCAUUCGGGUAAACGCCAAGCUCGUCGCAUUUGGGCAGACAAAGUGAAGCCAUUCCUGGAUUUGGGUAACUUUGAUUGCGUAGUGGAAGAAACGACCCAUUCUGGCCAUGGUGCCGAAAUGGGUAAAAGUUACUCGGCUGACGAUGGCUUUGAAGCCCUCGUGUUUAUCGGAGGAGACGGAACCCUAUGUGAGUUCAUGAAUGGACUACUCACUCGUCCAGAGCAUGAAUGGCGCGAAAUUGUGGCGUCAACGCCCAUUUCGCUCAUUUCAGCCGGUACCCAGAACGCCUUUGGCACGGGGGCGGGUAUCCCGACAGUCAACGCCGCUCUGUACUGCAUCUUGAAGCGCAAAAUGCGUCCACUGGAUGUGGUGACGGCUGUGUCUGCUGCCAACCCGGAGGUGGUGCACUACAGCUACUGCGGUCUCGGCUGGGGUGUUGCAGGCGACAUCGCUGCCGAGUCGGAACGGUACCGUUGGAUGGGUACACUACGAUAUGCUUUCCUCAAGGUGAAGCGCACCGUUGUGUUGCCCAAGAAACACAGUGGCCGUGUCCGGUACGUGUUGACGGAACCGCAGCCGCCACUUCUCCGGUACGACGAUUAUCCGGAUGCCGGUGCACUCGACCAGUUCGAAGUGGAGGAAGGCACAGUGUACGAUAUGGACCGCUUCAGUCAGCAACGCAAGUCGUGGGGAGGCAUCGCUGGCAGUAUUUCAAGUCCUGCCAGUCGUAAGAGAUACCCCGAGUUCCUGUGGAAAGAGGACUGCAGCAAGUACGUUGUGGUGGGCGUUGUCAACAUCACUCCUGACGGCGCUUACUCGCACCCUUCAGAUGGCAAUUUGGAUCUCAUUCUCACCCGUAAGGGCGGUUUGGUAGCCGUGGCCAAGCUGUUCGGUCUGUAUCUGAUGGGCAAGGAGCUCCAGAGCGAACUGAUCUCGUACUUGAAGGUCAAGGCCGUCGAGAUUGAGCCUGACCAACUGGACGACUGCAUGAACAUCGACGGCGAAGUGCUGGAAGGAGGACCCUGGCGCAUGGAGGUGGUACCCAGCCUCUUCAAGGUGCUGUCUGAAAAGUAAGCGGCCUCAAACAUAUCGGGAAGCACUGCGCAUGAAGCAGUGUGUCAAGCUUCUGCCCACCUGGACUCCACAAGUUUUUUCUUACCGUAUUUUUUUUUUCUUUUCUUGCAAAGUUGUAAAUAAUUUUUUCGUCUUCUUCAUCAGUCUUUAUAUGCA